GGAGCCGCCGGCCCGGGCGUAGUGUGACCCCGACCCUGCCCGCCCGCCUGCCCACCAUGGGUAACGAGGCCAGUUUGGAGGGUGGCGCUGGCGACGGUCCACUGCCGCCUGGAGGCCCCGGCCCCGGUCCGGGCCCCGGUGCAGGGAAGACGCCUUCAGCACCAGCCGGCGGCGGACAGCUCCCCACGUCUGGCGCUGCGCGGGCUACCGCAGGACCACCGGUUUCAGGCCCGGGCCCCCGCCCGGGUCCCGGCAAUGUUUCCCGGAGACUGGACCCCAAGGAGCCCCUGGGUAGCCAGAGAGCAGCUUCCCCAACCCCAAAGCAAGCUUCUGCUACUACUCCUGGGCAUGAGAGCCUCCAGGAGACAAAGGCACAGGAGGCUGAUGGUCCCCGCAGGACGCUGCAGGUAGACAGCAGGACGCAGAGAUCAGGGCGGUCCCCCUCGGUGUCACCGGACAGAGGCAGCACCCCCACAUCACCCUACUCCGUUCCCCAGAUCGCCCCCCUUCCUAGCAGCACCUUGUGCCCCAUAUGCAAGACUUCGGACCUCACAUCGACCCCCAGUCAGCCAAACUUCAACACCUGCACCCAGUGUCACAACAAGGUCUGCAACCAGUGUGGGUUCAAUCCUAACCCUCAUCUCACCCAGGUGAAGGAGUGGCUCUGUCUGAACUGUCAGAUGCAGAGGGCUCUGGGAAUGGACAUGACCACUGCACCUCGCUCCAAGAGCCAGCAGCAGCUACACUCUCCAUCCCUAUCUCCUGCCCAUUCCCCAGCCAAACAGCCACUGGGGAAGCCAGAACAAGAGAAAUCUCGGGUCCCAGGGGGCCCACAACCUGGCCCCCGCCAGGUUGAGACAGCCAGGGCCACCUCAGUGCCGGGGCUUGCCCAAGCAGCUUCCCCUUCAGAGGUGGGGAGGGUAUCUCCUCAGCCCCCUCUCCCCACCAAGCCUUCUACAGCUGAGCCCAGGCCAUCUGCAGGAGAGGCUUCGGCCAAAAGUGCCACCACAGUGCCCUCUGGGCUUGGUGCUGGCGAGCAGACCCAGGAGGGCCUCACCGGGAAGCUUUUCGGCCUUGGUGCAUCACUGCUGACCCAAGCGAGCACCCUCAUGUCUGUGCAGCCUGAGGCUGACCCCCAGAGCCAGCCUUCACCCAGCAAAGGACCGUCCAAGAUUGUCUUCAGUGAUGCCAGCAAGGAGGCUGGCCCAAGACCCCCAGGCUCAGGGCCUGGGCCUGGGCCAACACCUGGAGCCAAAACUGAGCCUGGGGCUAGAACAGGUCCUGGAUCUGGGCCUGGAGCCCUGGCGAAAACUGGGGGAACAACCAGUCCAAAGCAUGGCAGAGCAGAACAUCAGGCAGCACCCAAAGCUGCUGCCAAGCCAAAGACCAUGCCGAAAGAAAAGGCCACCUGCCCACUGUGCCAAGCUGAGCUCAACGUGGGUAGCAAGGGCCCAGCCAACUAUAACACCUGUACCACCUGCAAGCUCCAGGUUUGUAACCUGUGUGGCUUCAACCCAACGCCUCACCUUGUGGAGAAAACCGAGUGGCUCUGUCUGAACUGCCAAACUAAGCGGCUAAUGGAGGGCAGCCUGGGAGAGCAGACCCCCCUGCCGCUUCACACCUCACAGCAGCCCCCUGCAGGAGCCCCUCACCGUGUAGCUGUAGCAGUCCCUCUGAAGCAGAAAGGGCCACAGGGACUGGGCCAGCCAUCAGGCCCCCUACCUGCCAAGGCCAGUCCCCCACCCACCAAGGCCAGCCCUCUGCCCAUCAAGGUCAGUCCCCAGGCCAAGCCCCUCAAGGCUUCUGAACCCAGCAAGCCCCCAAGCAGUGCCCAGGAAAAGAAGACAGGAGUCCCUGCUAAAACUGAGCCUGUGCUGAAGCCACCUCCAGAGACUACUCAAACCCCUGGGACUCCUAAACUAAAGAGUGGAGUGAAGAGGACUGAACCUGCCACUUCUGUCAUCAAGGCUGUUCCAGAAGCUCCCAAGGGUGGGGAGGCAGAGGAACCAGUGGGCAAGCCUUACUCUCAGGACCUGUCUCGGAGCCCACAGAGCCUCAGUGACACAGGCUAUUCCUCUGAUGGCAUCUCUAGCUCCCAGAGUGAAAUCACAGGCGUUGUGCAGCAAGAAGUGGAGCAGCUGGACAGUGCAGGGGUGACUGGGCCACGCCCACCCAGCCCCUCAGAGCUCCAAAAGGUGGGGAGCAGCGUGCGACUUUUGUUGGAGGCCCAGGCUGUGACCCCCAGUAGUGAACAGAGCAAGCCACCCUGCAGCAGCACUGCUGAGGAGCAGAAGCGGAGGCCCCACUCUUUGUCCAUCAUGCCUGAGGCCUUUGACUCAGAUGAAGAGCUAGAGGAUAUCCUGGAGGAAGAGGAAGACUCUCUAGAGUGGGGGCACCAGAGGGAGCAGCAGGAUGCAGCUGAGUCCUCAGAUGACUUUGGCAGCCAGCUGAGACAUGACUACGUGGAAGACAGCAGUGAGGGUGGCCUGUCCCCUCUUCCACCCCAGCCCCCAACCCGAGCAGCAGAACUGACUGAUGAGGAGUUCAUGCGACGGCAGAUCCUGGAGAUGAGUGCUGAGGAAGACAACCUGGAAGAGGAUGACACUACCAUCUCGGGGCAUGGCCUGGCCAAACAUGGCACCCAGAAGGUUGGUACCAGGCCCAGGCCUGAGCCUAGCCAAGAACCAGUAGCACUGCCUAAAAGGCGCUUGCCCCACAAUGCCACCACAGGCUAUGAGGAGCUGCUCCCUGAGGGAGGCCCAGCAGAGGCCACUGAUGGCAGUGGAGCCCUGCAGGGUGGGCUCCGCCGCUUCAAGACCAUUGAGCUCAAUAGCACAGGCAGCUACAGUCAUGAACUAGACCUGGGCCAAGGUCCUGACCCCAGCCUGGACCGGGAGCCUGAGCUGGAGAUGGAGAGUCUGACAGGCUCGCCUGAGGACCGCUCCCGUGGGGAACACUCCUCUACACUGCCUGCCUCCACACCCAGCUAUACAUCAGGCACCUCUCCCACCUCCCUGUCCUCAUUAGAAGAGGACAGUGACAGCAGCCCCAGCCGCCGGCAACGGCUAGAAGAAGCUAAGCAGCAGCGCAAGGCCCGGCAUCGAUCCCAUGGACCCCUGCUGCCCACCAUUGAGGACUCCUCGGAGGAGGAGGAGCUGCGGGAAGAAGAGGAGCUGCUGCGUGAGCAGGAGAAGAUGCGUGAGGUGGAACAGCAGCGCAUACGUAGCACAGCCCGCAAGACACGGCGUGACAAAGAAGAGCUACGGGCCCAGCGGCGGCGUGAGCGCUCCAAGACACCACCCAGUAACCUGUCACCUAUUGAGGAUGCAUCCCCCACAGAGGAGCUGAGGCAGGCUGCUGAGAUGGAAGAGCUACACCGUUCCUCCUGCUCUGAGUACUCACCCUCACCCUCCCUGGACUCAGAGGCUGAGGCCCUGGAUGGUGGCCCCACCCGACUCUACAAGUCAGGCAGUGAAUACAACCUGCCUACCUUCAUGUCCCUUUACUCACCAACUGAGACGCCCUCAGGCAGCUCCACCACUCCCAGUUCUGGGCGGCCCCUAAAGAGUGCUGAGGAGGCCUAUGAGGAGAUGAUGAGAAAAGCAGAGCUUCUCCAGCGUCAACAGGGCCAGGUGGCAGGGACCCGUGGCCCCCAUGGGGGACCCUCUCAGCCCACAGGCCCUCUGGACCAGAGUUCUUUGGAAUAUCAAGACACCCCAGACCAUGACUAUGGCAGGGCUACUCAACCUGCUACAGAGGGCAUGACAACCAGCCUGGGAGCAGCUGUAUACGAGGAGAUCCUUCAGACAUCACAGAGCAUAGUCUGCAUGCGGCAGGCUUCCUCUCGGGACCUAGCCUUUACUGAGGACAAGAAGAAGGAGAAACAAUUUCUAAAUGCUGAGAGUGCAUAUAUGGACCCAAUGAAGCAAAAUGGAGGCCCACUUACCCCUGGUACCAGUCCCACCCAGCUUGCUGCCCCUGUGUCCUUCUCUACCUCUACCUCCUCAGAUAGCAGUGGGGGCCGAGUUAUUCCUGAUGUCUGUGUCACACAACACUUUGCAAAGGAGCCUCAGGAACCCCUCAAGAUGCACAGCUCUGCUGCCUCCCCCAGCUUGGCCUCUGAGGUAGGCAUGUCCUUCUCCCAGGGCCAUGGUACCCCAGCCACCACAGCCAUGGCUCCUUGUCCAGCCAGCCUGCCAAGAGUGUACAUGACUCCAACCUCCCCAGCCAGCUCUGAGCGCAGUCCUUCACCAUCUUCCACAGUCCACAGCUAUGGACAAAGCCCAACCACUGCAAACUAUGGGUCCCAAACUGAGGAGCUACCCCAGGCCCCCAGUGGCCCUGCUGCUGGUGGAUGGACUGCCAGAGAGAAACCCCUGAGUGGGAAUGACAUUGAGGCUGGUACUCCUCAACCUUCCCGGAUAUAUUCCUAUUUUGCAGGCUCUAGCCCACCUCUCUCCCCAUCUUCCCCCUCAGAGAGCCCCACAUUCUUUCCAGGCAAGCUGGGUUCAAGGGCUACAGCAGAGUUCUCUACACAGACGCCAAGCCCAACCCCUGCUCCAGACAUGCCACGGAGCCCUGGUGCCCCCACUCCCACCCCUAUGGUAGCCCAGGGCACACAAACACCACACCGGCCCAGCACACCUCGCAUGGUGUGGCAGCAGACUUCUCAGGAGGCUCCCUUUAUGGUCAUCACACUGGCAUCAGAUGCUUCCAGUGAGACCAGGAUGGUACAUGCCAGUGCCUCCACCUCCCCGCUAUGCUCACCUACUGACACCCAGCCCACCGCCCACAGCUACAGCCAGACAACACCUCCAAGUGUGUCUCAGCUGCCCCCAGAGCCACCUGGCUUUCCACGAGCACCCAGUGCUGGUGCAGAUGGGCCCCUGGCACUAUAUGGCUGGAGUGCCCUUCCUGCUGAAAACAUCUCCCUGUGCCGGAUCUCCUCUGUCCCUGGAACAUCUAGAGUUGAGCCAGGUCCCAGGCCCCCUGGCAGUGCAGUAGUAGACCUCCGCACAGCUGUCAAGCCCACACCUAUCAUCCUCACUGACCAAGGCAUGGAUCUGACCUCUCUCGCUGUGGAAGCAAGGAAGUAUGGCCUUGCUCUGGAUCCAAUCUCAGGACGGCAGUCAACCACUGUGCAGCCUUUGGUUAUCAACCUUAAUGCCCAGGAGCAGACCCAUGCCUUCCUUGGUACUGCCACUACUGUGAGCAUCACCAUGGCCUCAUCUGUGCUCAUGGCUCAGCAAAAGCAGCCUGUAGUGUAUGGAGACCCCUUCCAGAGCCGGCUGGACUUUGGUCAGGGUUCAGGUAGCCCCGUGUGCCUAGCCCAGGUCAAGCAAGUAGAGCAGGCUGUCCAGACAGCACCAUACAGAGGUGGGCCCCGAGGAAGACCUAGAGAGGCCAAGUUUGCCAGAUAUAAUCUGCCCAAUCAGGUAGCACCUCUGGCCAGAAGGGACAUUUUGAUCACUCAGAUGGGCACCGCCCAGAGUGUAAGCCUCAAGCCAGGUCCAGUGACAGAGCCUGGUGCCGAAUCCCAUCGGGCAACUCCUGCAGAGCUUCGAUCACAUGCUCUGCCAGGUGCCAGGAAGCCACAUACAGUGGUGGUGCAGAUGGGAGAGGGCACAGCAGGCACUGUGACCACACUACUCCCAGAGGACUCUGCAGGUGCCUUGGACCUCACUGGAAUGAGGCCUGAGAGCCAACUAGCAUGCUGCGACAUGGUCUACAAGUUCCCCUUUGGCAGUAGCUGCACUGGCACCUUCCACUCCGCCCCCAGUGCACCUGAGAAGAGUGUGGCAGAUGCUGCCCCUCCUGGGCAAAGAAGCAGCCCUUUCUAUAGUCCCCGGGACCCUGAGGCCCCUGAGCCCCCCACCUACCGAAUACAGGGAGUAGUGGGGCCUGGGCCCCAUGAAGAGCAGAAGCCCUACCCACAGAGCCUCCCUGGCAGGCUGUAUUCCUCCAUGUCUGACACCAAUUUGGCUGAGGCUGGCCUCAACUACCAUGCUCACAGGUUGGGGCAGCUCUUCCAGGGCCCUGGACGAGACUCAGCCAUGGACCUCAGCUCCCUGAAACACUCCUACAGCCUGGGCUUUGCAGAUGGACGCUACAUAGGACAGGGCUUGCAGUAUGGCUCUUUCACAGACCUGCGACAUCCCACAGACCUUUUGACUCACCCACUUCCCAUGCGGCGCUAUAGCUCGGUAUCGAACAUUUACUCAGAUCACAGGUAUGGCCCACGGGGAGACACAGUUGGCUUUCAGGAAGCCAGUCUGGCCCAGUAUAGUGCAACCACAGCCCGCGAGAUCAGUCGCAUGUGUGCUGCUCUCAACUCUAUGGACCAAUAUGGUGGGCGGCAUGGCAGUGGUGGCAGUGGCCCUGACCUUGUGCAAUACCAGCCCCAGCAUGGGCCUGGACUCAGUGCUCCACAGGGUCUGGCUCCCCUCAGACCUGGCCUUCUUGGCAACCCUACCUUCCCAGAGGGCCAUCUAAGCCCUGGGAAUCUGGCCCAGUAUGGGCCUACAGCAGGUCAGGGAACAGCAGUCAGACAGCUGAUGCCAUCCACAGCCACAGUGCGUGCAGCUGAUGGCAUGAUCUACUCAACUAUCAAUACUCCAAUUGCUGCAACUCUGCCUAUCACCACCCAGCCUGCCUCUGUACUGCGACCCAUGGUGCGUGGUGGCAUGUAUAGGCCUUAUGCGUCUGGUGGAGUCACAGCUGUGCCACUUACCAGCCUGACACGUGUGCCCAUGAUUGCUCCCCGGGUACCUCUUGGACCUACAGGGCUGUAUCGAUAUCCUGCACCAAGUAGAUUCCCCAUUGCUUCUAGUGUCCCACCUGCUGAGGGGCCUGUCUACCUGGGGAAACCUGCUACCAAGGCUCCAGGGGUAGGUGGCCCACCAAGGCCAGAAUUGCCAGCAGGGGCUGUACGAGAAGAACCUCUUUCCACAGCUGCACCUACUGCUGUCAAGGAGUCUGCAGUAGCUCCAGCCUCUGCCCCACCACCUGGCCAGAAGCCACCAGGAGAUACUGCUGCUGUGGGCAGCAGUGGGGUCCUCAGCAGAACUGGGCUUGAGAAGGAGGAAGCAUCUCAGGAGGAGCGGCAACGGAAGCAACAGGAACAGCUGCUGCAGCUGGAGCGGGAGCGAGUAGAGUUGGAGAAGCUGCGACAACUGCGGCUGCAAGAAGAGCUAGAGCGGGAGAGGGUGGAGCUGCAGAGGCAUCGUGAGGAAGAGCAGUUGCUGGUGCAGCGAGAGUUGCAGGAGCUGCAGACCAUUAAGCACCAUGUACUGCAGCAGCAGCAAGAGGAACGCCAAGCUCAGUUUGCGCUGCAGCGGGAGCAGCUGGCUCAGCAGCGUCUGCAACUAGAACAGAUACAGCAGCUCCAACAGCAGCUCCAGCAGCAGUUAGAGGAACAGAAACAGAGGCAGAAGACCCCCUUCCCUGCAACCUGUGAGGCACCCACCCGAGGGCCUCCAGCUGGUGCCACCGAACUGGCCCAGAAUGGCCAGUACUGGCCACCCCUGACCCACACAGCCUUCAUUGCUGUAGCAGGGCCAGAGGGGCCUGGGCAGCCUCGUGAACCUGUGCUGCACCGCGGUCUCCCCAGCUCUGCCUCAGACAUGUCACUGCAGACUGAAGAGCAGUGGGAGGCAGGCCGCAGUGGCAUCAAGAAACGGCACUCCAUGCCACGCUUGAGGGAUAUCUGCGAGCCGGAGUCAGGACCUGAGCCCUGUGUGGUCAGAAGGAUUGCAGACAGCAGUGUGCAGACAGAUGAUGAGGAUGGGGAGAGCCGCUACCUUCUGAAUCGUCGGCGCCGGACACGGCGGAGUGCUGACUGCAGUGUGCAGACGGACGAUGAGGACAAUACUGAGUGGGAGCAGCCAGUACGCCGCCGUAAGUCCCGUCUUUCCCGUCAUUCUGACUCAGGUUCUGACAGCAAGCAUGAUGCCACUGCCUCGUCAUCCACUGCUGCCACCACUGCAAGGGCCAUGAGCAGUGUGGGCAUCCAGACCAUCAGUGACUGCUCUGUGCAGACUGAGCCUGACCAGCUGCCCAGGGUCUCUCCAGCCAUCCACAUCACAGCUGCCACUGACCCCAAGGUGGAGAUCAUCAGGUACAUAUCAGCGCCAGAGAAGACUGGGCGUGGAGAGAGCCUGGCCUGCCAGACAGAACCAGAUGGGCAGGCCCAGAGUGUGCCUGGGCCACAGCUUGUAGGGCCAACUGCCAUCAGCCCCUACCUGCCUGGCAUCCAGAUCGUCACCCCAGGGUCCCUGGGCAGAUUUGAAAAAAAGAAGCCGGAUCCUCUGGAGAUUGGGUACCAGGCCCACCUGCCCACAGAGUCCCUCUCACAGCUUGUGAGCCGCCAGCCUCCUAAGUCUCCCCAGGUCCUCUACUCACCAGUCUCACCCCUGUCCCCACAUCGGCUCCUGGACACCGCCUUUGUUUCCAGUGAGAGGCUGAACAAGGCUCACGUGAGUCCUCAGAAGCACUUCACAGCUGACAGCACUCUCCGCCAGCAGACGCUGCCUCGCCCCAUGAAGACCCUGCAGCGGUCCUUGUCUGACCCUAAGCCCCUCAGCCCUACCGCCGAGGAGUCUUCCAAAGAGAGAUUCUCCCUCUACCAGCACCAGGGGGGACUGGGUAGCCAGGUGUCGGCGCUACCACCCAACGGCCUGGUCCGCAAGGUGAAGCGGACACUGCCCAGCCCCCCGCCAGAGGAGGCUCACCUUCCCCUGGCUGGUCAGGCCCCCCCACAGCUGUAUGCAGCCAACCUGCUGCAGCGAGGACUGACGGGGCCCACCACCGUCCCUGCUACCAAGGCCAGCCUGCUCCGGGAACUGGACCGGGACCUGCGGCUGGUGGAACAUGAGUCCACCAAGCUGCGAAAGAAGCAGGCAGAGCUGGAUGAGGAGGAGAAGGAGAUUGAUGCCAAACUCAAGUACCUAGAGCUGGGUAUCACACAGCGCAAAGAGUCAUUGGCCAAAGACCGGAGUGGCCGUGACUACCCACCUUUACGUGGCCUUGGUGAGCAUCGUGACUACCUUUCGGACAGUGAGCUCAACCAGUUACGGCUCCAGGGCUGCACCACUCCUGCUGGCCAGUAUGUGGACUUCCCUGCCACUGCUGCUGUGCCAGCCACCCCCUCGGGCCCCACUGCCUUCCAGCAGCCCCGGUUCCCGCCUCCGGCCCCUCAAUAUACUGCAGGCAGUAGUGGACAAACUCAGAAUGGAUUCCCAGCCCACCAGGCACCCAUCUACCCUGUCCCUAGCACAUACCCAGCACCUGCCUUUCCUACUAGCACUAGUUACCCAGCUGAGCCUGGCCUCCCAAACCAGCAGGCUUUCCGCCCCACAAGCCACUAUGCAGCCCAAACACCCAUGCCAACCACACAGAGCACCCUUUUUUCAAUCCCUGCUGAUAGUCGGGCCCCCCUCCAGAAGCCACGCCAGACAUCACUAGCUGACUUGGAGCAGAAGGUACCCACCAACUAUGAGGUGAUUGCCAGCCCUGUUGUGACCAUGUCUUCAGUCCCCACUGAAACCAGCUACAGUGGCCCAGCAGUGAGCAGCAGCUAUGAGCAAGGCAAGGUCACUGAGCUGCCCCGGACCAGUGACCGUAGCAGUGUGAGCCAGAGCCCAGCCCCCACCUACCCCCCUGACUCACACUACACCAAUCUGGAGCAGAAUGUUCCUCGAAACUAUGUGAUGAUCGAUGAUAUCAGUGAGCUGACCAAAGAUAGUACCCCCACUGUCCCUGAUAGCCAGCGACUGGAGCCCUUGGGGCCAGGCAGCAGUGGGCGACCUGGGAAGGAGCCUGGAGAACCAGGUAUCCUUGAGGGGCCUACACUGCCCUGCUGCUAUGCCAGAGGGGAGGAGGAAUCUGAGGAGGACUCAUAUGACCCCCGUGGGAAGGUUGGCCAUCACCGGAGCAUGGAGAACAAUGGACGACCAGCCAGUACCCACUACUACAGUGACAGCGACUAUAGACAUGGGGCUAGAGCAGAGAAAUAUGGUCCAGGACCUAUGGGGCCCAAGCAUCCCUCCAAGAGCCUGGCCCCAGCUGCGAUCCCCUCAAAGCGCAGCAAACACCGGAAGCAGGGUAUGGAGCAAAAGAUCUCCAAGUUCUCACCUAUUGAAGAGGCCAAGGAUGUGGAGUCUGACCUGGCCUCCUAUCCACCAUCUGCUGUUAGCAGCAGCCUGGCCUCUCGGGGCAGGAAGUUCCAGGAUGAAAUCACCUAUGGGCUAAAGAAGAAUGUGUAUGAGCAGCAGAGGUACUAUGGGGUGUCCAGUCGGGAUACAGCAGAGGAGGAUGAUCGCAUGUAUGGUGGGAGCAGCCGGUCCAGGGUGGCAUCUGCAUACAGUGGGGAGAAGCUUUCCAGCCAUGAUUUCAGUGGCCGAGGCAAGGGGUAUGAACGGGAACGGGAGGCUGUGGAGCGACUUCAAAAAGUGGGCCCUAAACCUUCCUCCCUGAGCAUGGUCCACAGCCGGGCACGGCCCCCCAUGAGGAGCCAGGCCUCUGAAGAGGAGAGUCCCAUCAGUCCCUUGGGGCGGCCCCGCCCUCCUGGGGGCACUCUCCCUCCUGGGGAUACCUGCCCACAGUUCUGCUCCAGCCACUCCAUGCCUGAUGUCCAGGAGCAUGUCAAGGAUGGACCACGAGCCCAUGCAUAUAAGCGUGAGGAGGGCUACAUCCUGGAUGAUUCCCACUGCGUGGUUUCUGACAGUGAAGCGUAUCACCUGGGCCAGGAGGAGACGGACUGGUUUGAUAAGCCCCGGGAUGCCCGCUCCGACCGGUUCAGGCACCAUGGGGGCCAUGCAGUCUCCUCCUCCUCCCAGAAGCGAGGCUCUGCCAGGCACAGCUACCACGACUACGAUGAACCCCCUGAGGAGGGCCUGUGGCCUCAUGAUGAGGGUGGCCCAGGUCGCCAUGCCUCAGCCAAGGAGCACCGGCACCACAGUGAGCACGGGAGGCAUUCAGGCCGUCAUGCUGGUGAGGAACAGGGACGGCGCCCUGCCAAACCACAUGUUCGGGACAUGGGUCGUCAUGAGGCCCGACCCCACCCUCAGCCCAGCCCUGCCCCAGCCAUGCCGAAGAAGGGUCAGCCUGGAUACCCCAGCUCUGCUGAAUACUCACAGCCAUCCCGUGCUCCAUCAGCCUACCAUCAUGCCUCUGACAGCAAGAAGGGCUCCCGGCAGGCCCACUCUGGGCCUGCUGCACAGCAGCCAAAGCCAGAAUCCCAGGCACAGCCACAGCAAGGUCGGCAAGCAGCUCCAGGGCCACAGCAGUCACAGCCACCACCAUCCAGGCAGACACCCUCUGGGGCAGCAUCACGCCAGCCACAGACACAGCAGCAGCAAUGUCUUGGGCAGCAGCCUCCCCAGCAGGCCCCAUUACAGACUCGGCUGCAGCAGCAGAGCCAGCCAACCACCCGGGGCCAAGCCUCUGCUGCCAGCCAGCCAGCAGGGAAACCUCAAUCAAGCUCCAUAACAGCCCCAGGUCCCCAGCCAGCAGGACUGCCACGGGCAGAACAGACAAACGGCUCUAAGGUGACAGCCAAAGCACCCCAACCAGGGAGGGCUCCUCAGGCCCAGCCAACACCAGGACCUGGACCUACAGGCAUGAAGACUGGAGCCAGGCCUGGAGGAACACCAGGGACUUCUGCUGGUCAGCCAGGUACAGAUGGAGAGAGUGUGCUCUCCAAGAUCCUUCCUGGUGGAGCAGCAGAGCAAGCAGGCAAGCUGACAGAAGCCGUCUCUGCUUUUGGCAAAAAAUUUUCUUCAUUCUGGUGACCAUGCCCAUAAGGGCUCUUGAAGAUAUGAAGCAAGAUGAUAACAUUGCUGUGGAAAAAUCUCUGGAGUCAAAGGCCUGGACGCAGCUCUAAACUCUGUGUAUAACACACCAACAUCUGGCAAAUCCUUGGCCCAAAGACUGAUACCAGGUGGGCCAUGGCAGGCAGGCCUCAGUUGAGGACGGGAUGUUUCUUCACCUGGGUGAAGGAUCUGCUGGACAAGUGGGACCACUGGCCCCUGGAACCUUUGAUUGUCUUUCCAGAGACCUUGCCUUCCUCAGGCCCAGCCGUCGUUGGGAGGGAAGAGCCCUCUCUAGAACCCUGCCACAACAGCUGUCUGCCGUUCUUCCCACAGCUGCUUCUCUGAGACCCGACCUGCCAGGCUUCCAAUGCGUUAUACACAGAGUUUGGGAGCAUACUGCCCUCCCUCCGAGAUGCCAGAAGUUUUUCCACAGCCUUGGAGAGGGGCUUUGACCGAGGGCUGGGGGCCCUGGGCUCCAUUUCCUUCACAUUCCAGCUGGCCCAGAUCCCUCUGAGGUCACCGGGCCUCCCCCUUCACCCUAACCUCUGGGUGACAUCAAAGCAGGACCUCAAUGUGGCCAGCAUGGGGUUGGGAGAACUUUACAACAUUAGGACCUAACACUGUCUCAUCGCUGAAAUAAGAGGCCAUAGACCGAAAAGCAGUGUGGGCGCCGGCUGAGACUUCUCCCAGCCCAUGGGUGGCAGUGUGCUAGCACACCUGCCAUCAUCUUAAAGCCAUCCCCCCCUCAGCCAUCAUGAGCAUCCCAGCGGCACCGCCAUUGUUUCAACCAGCCGGCUCCUCAUCAGUACACCUGGGGAUUUCUUUUGAUUUCAAGAACAGCCUUAAUCAUUCCAAUUUGAUUUACAUGUAUACCUCAUAAACAUUUAUUUUUCUUUCCUUCCCUUUCUCUUUCCUUUGCUCAGUCCCUGCCUCUCCCACCACCUCCUUGUGACUGAUGGUUUCGUUUCCUCUCUGCCCCUGCUCAGCACAGGCAGAAUGCUGACUUAGAAGCAAUAGGGGGCAGCAGGCCACUAAGAGCACAACCCCAGGGCGAGGUCUAGGGAGGCCCCUCAGCCCGCCUGUUUACUGUGCAAUUCCAGUCCUUCUUAAGCCAUCACCAGUGGGUGUGCUCAGAGCAGAGGUGCCAGGGCUUCUGCCAGCUGAGGGAAAGGCCCAGAGCUAUGUGCAGGGGAAUGUGGCACCGCCUGUCCACCUGGUGGAUUGGGCGACAUCCUUCCCCAAAGCCCUUCCCUUGGAGGCCUCCCUUCAUCCUGGGCACAGCCACAAAUCUCAUCUCUAACGUUCUAUGCAAUGAAAUAUAAACCCUCAAAGACAACUGUUAAUAUUUAAUAAAUUCCAUGUUAUGUAUAAGGAGUUAAUUGCAAACAUGCAAUUGAGAAACAGAUAGAUAAUGCUCAUAUCAUCACCCCACCGAACCCCCACUCCCACUGUGUGUGUGUGUGUGUGUGUGUGUGUGUGUGUGUGUGAGAGAGAGAGAGAGAGAGAGAGAGAGAGAGAGAGAGAAAUUCUCAGUCUGUGGCAUGUUUGACCUGUGGCAGGACUCACUGCUGCCAGGUGAGUCACAGCCUGUCCUGCAGUGGAGCAUGCACAGCUUGAAGCCUCUUUGCACGAUUUCAUCCAUUUUAAAUGCUCAACCCUCUUGCUUGGAGUUCCUUUUGCUUCUGAACCUCUCCUUCAGGAACACUUCCAGCUGACUUCUGCACAAACUAGUGAAGACCUGCCAGAAUUGCUGCCUGAGCAUGCCAGGUUAGAGGGCAGACAGUAUAAGGCCCCACACAACCUUCAGUUUUCUCUGUCCAAGAUAGGUAAAAAGGAAACCCUGGAGUAGAAACCUGCACAGCAUGCAUGCGUAUGAAAGUUCUGAAGGUUUUAUGUAGGAUUUCUGUCUGUAUGCCAUUUUCUUCUCCUAUCCCGGCCCUGAACCAGAGGCAUCUGGGUGCACUUUCCUAGCAGGGCAUUUCUUAAGGUCAGAGGUGGACUGCAUCCAUGACCAGAGAAGUAGAGGCCAAGGACAAAUGCUGGGACCCCAGAUUCUGAUGGAACUUGCUUCAUACCUCUCCUUUGUGACUGGGAAUUUCAAAGGGCUGUGAGCUAGGAGAUUAGGGCUAGAGUUAGGGGAUUAAAGAGUGCUCAGGAAGAGCUGGGUUUUUUGGUACUUAUGGUCUUUGACUGGCAAUGUCAUCCACAGCAGGUGAACUUUUCACAUCAACAGUGGCAUCAAGAUGAGCUUCUUGAAAAACUUAAUAGCAAAACUUAUGGAAAGUCUUAUGCGGCCCUCUCUGCAUCUGUCCCUUUUCCUGCCUCUUUCCUCUUCACCAAAGCCCUAGUAUCCCACUGUCAUCAGCUUCUCCACUGCUGAGCCAGGAGUUGGACAGGUAGUUGCUACCUGACCCCUUGGGGUCUGACCUUCCUCCAGAGUACUCUGUUUUGCACCAUGCCUUUCUCAGGGGUCUACAUUUCUCAUGCUCAUCUAUAAGACCUACACAGCCCUUCAGAGAGGGAUACUGGCCCACCUCUGGGAUAGGAAGCUCCCAAUCUCCAUGUUGGAUCUAAGACCCUGGCCUCCUGGGAUUUGACCUCUCCCAUGCCAUGGGUUAGCUACCUCAUCCCAGAGAUCAGGCCUAGGCCAUCAUCUAGGUCCUCUUGCCAUCCAGGACAGGUCUGUAUGAGAUGUGCCUCAUGGCUGGAUACCAAGGCAAUAACUCUUUCCACUAAUGGGACUAGAGUGUAGGCAGGGAGAUGUCAGCAGGUCAACCUCCAUCAGACCUAAUCUUAGGCUCUAAAGUGUUGGCUUUUCUGACUAAAUCCUCCUUUGAAAUUUUUUUUUUUUUUUUUUUUUUUGGGUGCUGGGGAUCGAACCCAGGGCCUUGUGCUUGCAAGGCAAGCACUCUACCCACUGAGCUAUCUCCCCAGCUCCCAAGUUUGAAAUUUGACUUCUGCCACUCCCUAUCUUGUACAGAAGCCAUAGGACAUAUCAUUGCCCCUCUGUGAAGGUGGCAAUGGCAGGCCUCUGGGUCAAUGGUGUCCUGACCCUUGUGUGGGAUCAGCUGUGACUCUAGAGGCAAUAUAGCCAGUGGCUGAGGAACCAGCAUUUGGUGACUUGGGAAGUGGAGAGCAAUAGGUACAUCUCCAAAUGGGGGAGGGGUGACUGGGAUGCAGUCCAAACCAUCUCCAUUUCCCACUCCCCAGUGUUAUGAGCAAGGGCACUUUCUCCUCUGCCUACUUGAGGGUCUAAUGUACUUACUUCAUACCACCAUCCUCUUAGUCCUUGGGCACAGCAUGUGAUCUUAAGGCCCACAAUGAAAGAAUAGUAGUGGCAGCAACUCUGGCCAGUCCUCUGGAGCCUGUAGGGAAUUUCCCAGACAGGUCUUUUGCCAUAACCAGGUAGUCCUGCCCUAUUGGCCCCUUCCCCUACUACCUUACCCAACCCAUGCUGUAAAUAUUUGUUAUCAUGGACUCCAACAGGGCCAUAGGGACAGGCCUAGUCAACCAAAACUCCUAGGAGAUGCCAUCUCUGUUUCCCUGGGUGCCAGCUCCCUGCUGCCAUAUGCACUGAGUGGCACUGGAGAACCAUGGAAGUCGUGAGAUGUGUGUGUGCAUGUGAAUGUGUGUAUGUGCGUGUCAGCCUCCUUCAGCCUCUGGGGUCAAAUCAACUCCUUCUCUCCACAUGCAGUACCCUGGAGAGUGGUGGUCACUCAACACCUUUUCCUCUAGCUUCCGUGUCUUGUUUUUGCUUUUCCUUCCCCCCUCCCUCUCUCCCUUUCUUUCCCUUUUUCCUUUUCCCCUUUAUUUGAGGGGGGAAGGGUGCUGUACAAAGUCAAACAAUCAAGUUUACAGUUGUAAGUGCAAUGACCUGAGUCCUCCACAUGACCUUGUGAAUUGUGUGCCGUCCUCCUGUGCUCUGUGAGAACUUGUGGUACUUCAGUGUCCCUCCCCCUGUAUUGUGACAAGGUAAUUCUGUGAUAUCAGAAUAAAAGGACUUGAUAU